AUGGAUUCGAUGCAGACCCGAGAAGUCGGCGGCCGAACACCUCAGGCGUGCGAAGCGUGCCGACGCAGCAAGACCAAGUGCAGCGGCACGCGGCCAAAAUGCCGGCGCUGUCUGAAGCGCAAGACGCCAUGCACGUGGCCCGGCGCGCCCACCUUCCAAGAUGUCCCGAGCAGUGCAGACAUCCCCGGCAUACCUGGGACGCCGGAGUCGUUGCCCUCGAUAUAUGGACAAUCUCAAGCGACCCAGAGCAGUCCUGCUGUCGAUGCCUACGCCCGUGUGGGCCCCUCGCAAGCCGUCGCCCUCCCCCAGCGGCUGCUUGACAUAUUCUUUGAGCGCCACCAUGAGGUUGAAUUCUGCGCGUUCUUGCACAAGCCGACGACCACCAUGGCCGGCCUGCGAAAGCAGGCGCCUGUUCUGGCCACGGCCAUUGCCAGUCUCGCGGCGUUGUACUUGACAGCCGACGAGGCGGGCCACCUCACCAAGACGCUCGGCUUGCCGACAGCCUGCACUGUCAGCCUGUCCGACUUCUAUGCACGGCAGGCCUCGGUUUUGGGGCGUCAUUUGACGGACCAGCCGUCUAUCCCCACCAUCCAGGCCUUUUUGGUCCUGGCCGUCCGCGAGCUCGUCGCCUGGAAAGACUUCAAGGCCUGGAUGCACGCCGGCACCGCCCUGCGCAUGGCCGAUGCGCUGCAGCUGAGUGUGGAGCUCGACGCCGACCAGCAGGCACCCUUUGUUUUUGGGCCGACCGCGACGUCGGCACGUCGCCACGUUGGCCCCCGCCAGCGCGAGACCCGCCGCCGCACCUUUUGGGCUUGCUUUGUUGUCGACCGACUGAUCUCUUACACAUGUCACCACCGUUUCUACAUUUCGCUGCCGCCCGUCAUCUCCAAAGGUGUCGCCACCAAUGUCCUCUACGGGACCCGCGGCGGCGGCGAGGACGUGCGUCUGCCGUGCGCCGACAACACCUUUGCCUUUGACGAGAACGACCCGGGCCCGUGGCUCAACGACUUCAUGGGCGGGCAGUCGCCCCAUCAGACGCCGGGCGGCCAGCUGUCGUUGUCCCGCACCAGCGUCACUCCCUUUUACCUCUGCCUGCUGCGGCUCUGGGGCGACAUGGCCCUGCUGCACGCGACCGGUGGCCGACGCCGCACUCCGUAUGCGCCCACAGAUCCUGCCGGGCCCUUUGCCAAGGCCGGCGCCGCCAUCUCCGACUUUGCCACGCAGGUCGUGCCGCCUGCCAUGCACUGGUCCGCCGCCAACUACCGGCUGCACCGCCUGACAGGGCAGGCCCAGAUGUUUGUCCAGUUCAAUUUCCUGCUGCACCACGCACGAUGCGUCAUGCACCACGAGUACCUGCCGCAGCUGGACAUGCAGUACUACAGCCCGCUGUUGGAGACGGACGGAAGCAACAGCAGCGGCUUUGACGUGGGCCUGGGCCUGGACUUCGACUACCGCUCGCUCAUGGCGUCUGACGCGGCGGGUCUGCCGCCCGACUACUCCCACAAACCGCUCAUUGACACUUGCAUCGAUGCUGUCAAUACCAUUACGGACAUGGCCACCCUGCUGUAUCACGGCGGCGAUGAGGGUGAGGUCGCACCAGUCGGUUCAGGCGGAGUUGGUGGUGCCGGAGACGUCCAAACUGAACGCGACCGCGGCCGCGCUAUGCUGCAGUCCACUGUCGCCGCCAAUGCUCUCGUGACGGCGGCCGCUGUCCACCUCUGGGUCGUCUACACCCAAACCUGCGACCGCUGCCCCAAACCGGCGGCCCGCGCCAAGUUUUUGUUGCUGCUGCGCAUCAUCCAGUCCUGGGAGCCCCGCUGGCCGGUGGCUGCUGCGUGGGGCGAGACACUGGGCCUGCUCUACAAGCUGUAUGAGUACUCGUACGGGACCGAGCCCGUCCCCGAGUUUGACUCGUGGGAAGCGGAGGGAGCGGAUGGCACGACGGCGGCGACCAAGACAUCAGCUGCAGCAGGUACAGUCUUCUCGCCGAACUGGAAACAAGGCGAAAGCAGCGCCUGCCGCGACCACCCUGGCCUCUCCUAUGGUGAUAUCCUGCCCGACCCUGCCGCCGUCGGCCAGAGCCUGCACGACAAGGUCCGCAGCAUUCUCGUGCACCCGCUGCAUGCCCCCGACGUGAAGCGCAAGAAUCUGCGCGUAUUCUCACAGACCCUGUGGCAGCAGAACCUGUGGUUGCUGCCUGGCCUGCUGGGCAACAGCGCCAGCAACGACGGACUCGACAUGGAAACCAUGUAUAUGUGA